AAUUGCGCGGUCCCUUUCUUCCUUCCACAAGCUGGUUCCUCCUACACCCCGCUUUGCUCUCACUCGGCCAGAACCCCAAGCAGCAGUCCACCGUCGCUCGCAGGCUGCCGCUGCCAAGAGGGCGUAAGGUCGCCACCGCCGGCUGCGCCCUACGACGCCGCUUCCACCAGGCAAGAGACGCGUGAGAUGGACGGCUUGGAAGGUUUCGAGUUCUUCGAGAUCAUCCUUGAGAACCCCUCCAGCAGGCUGAGACUGCCUGACAAGUUUACGAGGGUGCUACUAGACGGCUUCAAGCCCAAGGAAGUGAAGCUGCGGGAGGCCGGCCACGGGCGUCGCUUCUGGGGCGUGAAGGUGGUGUUGGACGCCGACGGCCACAUGUAUCUAGGGCGCGGCUGGGAGCAGUUCGCCCGUGCGCACGAUCUGCGGCUCGGCUACUUCCUCGUGUUCAGCUACGACGGGGAUGCCGUGCUCACCGUCAAGGUGUUCGACGUGAGCAUGUGCCGCAGGCACUACCAGCAUGACGGCGAUGCCAGCAGUGGGAGCAGCAGCGACGGCGACAGUGGGAGCAACAACGGCAGCGUCGGCGACAGCGGCGGCGGGAACAUCAGCGGCAUGGUGGCGACGAUGGGGAUCGACGACGGGCCGACGUCGCAGUUCACCGUCAUGCUGAGGGAAAGCAACCUAGGCGUGAGGCAGAAGCAGUACCUUAACGUGCCGGCGGACUUCCAGAACGCGCACGGAUACGGGGAGAGGACGAAAGUGGAGCUGCGGAUGCGCGGCAAGUCGUGGUCCGUGAACCUGAAGCACAGCCCCCGGAACCGUGGCAGGCCCCGUGCGUCGCUCAGGUACGGGUGGCACCAGUUCUGUGUCGACAACGGCCUCGGUGUCGGCGACACCUGCUUCUUCCGAGCUCUCGGCGACGGCGGCGCCGGCGACACCCACCUUCUCAAGGUGGAGGUGAGGAAGCGAGACGGCGGCUACGUCGUCUGAGGCCUCCGGUUCAUCAGCCUGGUUGGCCGGCGUGACCUCGUCCGUGGCCAUCGGCCGGCACCACUCACUGCGUUAUUAUGCUUGCUUAACAAUAAUUGUAAGACCUUAAUUCUUCAUUCUUGGUAGCUCGACUGAUGGAGAUGGUGCUACUGGCAGGGUGGGUAACUAGAGAGUGAAGCUGGAUGAUGAAUUUGUUCUUGUUGAGAUUGUGGCUUUUUAAAACAGGAUGAGUGGCAUGCAUCUUGUUAAUCCCUCA